AGUUGGAGAGAUUUGGAGUUUCUGAAGCUUCCGAGGAUGGCGAAUAAACAUUUCUUCCAGCCUCUUCUUCCUGGCUUCCACAGCCACUUGACAAUUCCUGUAGCUUUCUUCUCAAAGUAUAUCAAAGGAACAAAUGAGCAAAAGACUUCGGCGAAGCUGAGAUCAGAUGCGUCGAAGAUGACAUGGGAAGUGAAGAUAGAAGACGGCCGGAGAAUAACUGAUGGUUGGAAAGAGUUCGCUCUGGCACAUGAUCUUCGAGUCGGUGACAUUGUCAUUUUCAGACAAGAGAAAGACAUGGCUUUCCACGUGGCACUGUUCGGACCCAGUUGCUGUGAGAUUCAAUAUGAGCCUUGUUUUGACGACAAGAACAAGCUCGAUAAAAUUCCAAAGAAGAAGAAUCCAAAAAGAGAAGCAGAGUCUUCUUCCUGCUUUGUGGCUAAUGUCUCGCCUUCGACACUACGCGAUGACUCACUGAAUCUUCCACGUAGCUUUGCGAGAGCAAAUGGUUUAGACACAAGAUGUGGUGAGAUUGUUCUGAUGAACGAGAAGGGUACAUCAUGGACUUUAGCUUUAAAACAAAAGCAAUGUGGAACUACUUACAUCAGAAGAGGGUGGAGAAGUUUCUGUAGUGACAAUGGACUUAAAGCUGGAAGUUUCUUCACAUUCAAACUGUUUCUUCCAGUACCCUUCACGGAAUUACAUUGCAUCACAGUUGAAACUAAAAUGAGUUUGUUGGAUCAAAACGGUGUGAAGUGGUCUACGAAACUGCGUUCUGAAGGUAAAAAAUUAACAUUGGUAGGAGGCUGGAAGGAUUUCUUCAAAGCUAACCGUGUGAAGACUGGUGAAUCUUUCAUGUUGAAGCUGAUUUGGGAAGAAGACACAAGCUGUGUUCUUAAGUUCUGCUCCAAGGGGUAA